AUUGAGCACUGCCAUUUUAGAAGCUCAAACCUAGAGUACUGGGUUUACUAGAGUGUUAACUUUUUUUAAAAAUAAAUAGGGCAUUUAAAUUUAGGGCGAUAUUGGUGAUGCUUCUAGAGGCAGCUUAUCGUCAUAUGCAUAUACGCUCAUGGUGCUAUAUUUUCUUCAGCAGAGGAAUCCACCAGUUAUUCCUGUACUUCAAGAGAUGUACAAAGGUGAAAAGAAACCUGAAAUAUUUGUUGAUGGCUGGAAUAUUUAUUUUUUUGAUCAAAUAGAUGAACUGCCCAACUAUUGGCCAGAAUAUGGAAAAAAUACAGAAUCUGUUGGGCAGCUGUGGUUGGGACUUCUUCGUUUCUACACAGAGGAAUUUGAUUUUAAAGAACAUGUAAUUAGCAUCAGGAGAAAAAGUCUGCUUACAACUUUUAAGAAACAGUGGACAUCAAAAUACAUUGUUAUUGAAGAUCCGUUUGAUUUGAAUCAUAAUCUUGGAGCCGGAUUAUCAAGGAAAAUGACAAAUUUUAUAAUGAAAGCAUUUAUUAAUGGGAGAAGAGUAUUUGGGAUUCCAGUCAAAGGAUUUCCAAAGGACUACCCCUCAAAAAUGGAGUACUUUUUUGAUCCAGAUGUGCUAACUGAAGGAGAGCUGGCCCCAAAUGAUAGAUGUUGCCGCAUUUGUGGGAAAAUCGGACACUUCAUGAAGGACUGUCCUAUGAGGAGAAAAGUGAGGCGACGGCGAGAUCAGGAAGAUACCCUGAACCAAAGAUACCCUGAGAACAGAGACAAAAAAAGCAAAGACGAUAAAGAAAUUCAAAACAAGUACACAGAGAGAGAGGUGUCAACAAAAGAAGAUAAACCCAUGCAGUGCACACCUCAGAAAGCCAAGCCAGCGAGGGCAGCCACUGAGCCAGGGGGAGAGAAAAUCCUCAGGCCACCAGUGGAGAAGUGGAAGAGACCAGAGGACAAAGACUUAAGAGAAAAACGUUGUUUUAUUUGUGGACGAGAAGGGCACAUUAAAAAGGAAUGCCCUCAGUUUAAAGGCUCUUCAGGUAGCCUUUCCAGUAAAUAUAUGACUCAGGGAAAAGCCUCAGCGAAGAGGACCCAGCAGGAAUCAUGAGGGAAGGAAAAUGCUGCAUUCUAAAUGGCCACUCAGGCGUUCCUAUUCACUUUGAAAAUUAGGUUCAUUUUACAGGACACAGCAGCAUAGAUCAGGCUUCAACUUAACAUUUAAGGGAAAUGUCAGAUUUUUUUUUAACUUAAUGAAAUUGUUAAUGAGGAAAAAAAAUGUUUAAAACAGUCUUACCUACUACAGAUCCCUAUAGAUUUAAGGAUUUCAAUAGAAAGCCAUGAUGUAUGUAUUUAAGACAGGUUUAAAAAAAAAAAAAUGUAACUAUGGGCCAGUAUUCAUUGAAUACAAUUUCAAGCUUUUUAAUUAUUUCAAAGCACACUAAAAAUAGUGGGCUGAUAAACUCCAAGUAAAUUAAUCCUUUUUUUCCUUUAUAAAUCCUUUUUGUUUGUUUUGAAGAGGGGAAAUUAUAUUUAUUGUUGUCAA